AUGAUCUACGAUGGUAUAUCUGCCAGACAUGCGGAGAUCCCAACAGAAGCAGUGGUAUCUGAGGGUGGGAAAGUUGUGUAUCAUCGGCAUAGAAGUGAUUGGCUGGUGGAGCAGCAGAAGCAGCGUGCACCCAGUAAGCUGGAUGAGCGUUUCCUGCACCCUGUAUCACUUCCUGAGUGCCGGAGCCUGCCGUUUUUCCCCGAUCUGCACGCCGAGGUGUACAGAUCCUGGGAAAGCCGUACUCUCCCCGUACUUCUCCUCGUCACUCCUCGCUCUACGCGAAUGUGGUUGGGGCUAAGGCGUGCGGCUACGGGGCGAUGCCGCCAUGUAUUGGUCCGCACGGACAAUACUGCGGUGGUCUCCUACAUCAACCACCAAGGGGGUCUCCGAUCUCGCCCUUUGUACAAGCUAGCACGAGCGGUCCUCUUGUGGUCUCGGGACAGACUCCUCUCUUUGAGGGCCAUUUAUAUCCCGGGACAGAAUGUCAGAGCAGAUGCCCUGUCGAGGCAGGGGCUGAGGCCUGGGGAAUGGCGUCUCCACCCCGAGGUGGUGGAGUUCAUAUGGCGGAGGUUCUACAGAGCCCAGGUGGAUCUGUUUGCGACCAGGGAGACCUCACACUGUCCCCUCUGGUUCUCUCUCUCACCCAGCCCCAUUAAGUCUGGAUGCCAUGGUGCAGUUGUGGCCGAGGCUAUGCCUGUACGCCUUUCCCCCGAUCGCACUGCUCCCUGGAGUUCUGGAGAGAGUUUGCAGGGAUGGAGUCCGUCUCCUCCUGGUAGCACCUCGAUGGCUGGGCAAGCCAUGGUUUGCGGAUCUGGUGUCCCUACUCGAGGGCCCUCCGUGGGAAAUUCCCCCCAGGAGGGAUCUCCUCUCACAGGCUUUGCAUGUAAGUUGCUAGCUCAGUUUGAAUUGCAAAGUAUAUUGAAAGAAGGAGAUAUAUUGAUAGGUGGCAUUUUCCCACUAUAUUCAAAACAGGAGAAUAUAGUUUAUUCCUUUAACAGAAAACCACAAAUGGCAGAAUGUAACGGAUUUGGAUUACAGGCUUUUCAAUGGAUGAGGACCAUGUUGUUUGCAGUAGAUGAAAUAAAUCAAGAUGAUCGUUUGCUUCCCAACAUUUCUCUUGGAUAUAUAAUUCUGGACUCUUGUUCCUCUCCUACUAAUGUUCUGAGAGCUGCGCUCACAUUGAUGAGCACAUCACAGCAAAACGGCUCUCAAUGUAAUCCACCUCCAAUAUUAGCUCUUAUAGGUGAAUCAGGAUCUACUCAGUCUUUAGUUGUUGCCGGGGCAGUUGGACCAUUCAAAAUACCUAUGGUGAGUUACUUUUCAACAUGUGCAUGUUUGAGUGACAAAACAAAAUAUCCUACAUUUUUCCGAACAAUACCAAGUGACUACUACCAAGCAAAGGCUUUGGCUUUCCUUGUUAGACAAUAUGAAUGGACAUGGAUUGGAGUUAUAAUGUCUGACAAUGAUUAUGGGCUAAAUGGGAUAUCAGCAUUCAGAAAGGAAGUGGAGGCUCAUGGUGUAUGCAUUGCAUUUCUUGGCACAGUUUUGCGAACAUAUCCCCAAAGUAAAAUCCUUGAAGCUGUUGAACUGAUCAAGCAUUCAACUGUCAAAGUAAUUCUCGCAUUUGCACCCGAGAGAGAUAUUGAUCCUUUAAUGAAAGAAGUGCUGAAACAGAACAUUUCAGGAAUACAGUGGAUUGGAACUGAGUCCUGGGUAACUGCAGCCAGUCUUUCUACACCAGAAAUAUUCAAAUAUUUUGGAGGAACAAUAGGACUUGUGGUCCGAAAGAUGGAUAUACCCAAACUGGGACCAGUUCUCAAAGAUAUCAGCCCUUAUAAAGAUUCAGAAAGUUUUGUCAGUGAUUUCUGGGAAGCAUUGGUAACUGAGCAGUUGAAAAAAGUACAUUUUGUGGAUGCGUUUGGAGAGCUAGUGUUCUUUGACAAGAACGGAGAUCCACCUGCCUCAUAUGAAGUCAUAAACUGGCAGCUGAGAGACGGUCAAAGCCCAAAAGCUGUUUGCUCAGAAAUCUGUCCACAAGGCACAAGAAAAGCACAUAUUAAAGGUUUACCUCUGUGCUGCUUUGACUGUAUCCCAUGUGCUGAUGGCUCUAUAUCAAAUACAACAGCAACAGAUUGUAUCACCUGUCCUGAGGAGUACUGGUCUAAUGAAAGAAAAGACAGCUGCAUCAUGAAAAUAAUAGAGUUUCUUUCAUACACUGAAACAAUGGGAAUUAUUCUUAUGACAUUGUCACUAUUUGGUGCCUGUUUAACUUGUUCUACUAUGGUGGUGUUUAUUCAUCUCAGACAUACACCAAUAGUUAAAGCAAAUAAUUCUGAGCUGAGCUUACUUUUACUUCUUUCCCUUAUAUUUUGCUUCCUCUGUCCACUGACAUUCAUUGGCGAGCCCACGGUUUGGUCCUGCAUGUUGCGUCACACAGCAUUUGGCAUUGCCUUUGCACUCUGCAUUUCCUGUAUGCUGGGGAAAACUAUAGUUGUGGUAACUGCCUUCAGAGCAACAUUACCUGGGAACAAUGUGGCAGCAAAGUUUGGACCACCUCAGCAAAGGGCCAUUGUGUGUUCAUGCACUGCAGUUCAAAUAAUUAUUUGUAUCCUGUGGCUAAAUGUUGCGCCACCAUUCCCAGAUAGAGUUAUUGAGCAGCGCAGUAAAAAAAUAAUUCUAGAAUGUAACACAGGUUCAGAUGCUGCAUUUUAUGCCAUUCUAGGAUACAUUGGCCUUCUUGCUAUAGUUUGUUUGGUCCUGGCCUUUUUAGCCAGAAAGCUGCCUGAUAAUUUUAAUGAAGCCAAAUUCAUCACAUUCAGUUUGCUUAUAUUCUGUGCAGUUUGGAUCACCUUUAUUCCAGCUUAUGUCAGCUCUCCUGGAAAGUAUACAGUAGCUGUAGAAAUAUUUGCAAUUUUGUCUUCAGCUUUUGGCCUGCUGAUAUGCAUUUUUGUACCAAAAUGUUACAUCAUUUUAAUCAAACCAGAGAGAAAUACAAGAAAACAUGUAAUGGGAAAUACACCAAAGGUUAUCCAGGUCUUGGUCUUUGCUAGCUAUCCCCUCCCCAUGGACAACAUUGUGCAGAGGUUGGGGAGAGCCCGGUCUUACCUGGAUCUAACCAAAGAAUACUCUCAGGUUACAAUGGCUUUCAGCACCAACAGCAGCCACUGGCCAUACUGGGUUCUCCCUUUUGGGCUGCACAGGGUGUCAGGAAACUUCCAGAGGCUUACGGACAUUGUGCUCUGGCCCCAUCAUCCCUAUGCAACAGCAUAUCUAGAUGACGUGGUUAAUAAUUCUUUCACUUGGUCUGACCACUUGCACCACAUGGGUGCUGAAAGGACUGCACCAAUUCAGCACCCCCAGUGUUUUGGACAGCCAGGAAGCACAUGGACAGCAAAAGUGCACCAAAAACACAACAGCCAAUCAGAGUGGUGCUACAAGCUCCUCACCCUCAGAGAAAAGAAGUGA